GGCGAGCUGGAAAGCCGGCGGCAGCCCAGCCGGAAAGGCACCCGCCCCCCAGCUUGGCUACAGCCACCGCUCCUCCUCUCUCUCCGCUUCUUCAUCUCCUUGCCUUUCGCUGGCGAGCCGCCAGCCAAGAAACAGUCCAGAGCCCGCCCCCAUUGCCUCCCGGCGCAGCAGUUCUUUACAUCAAGAAAGAAGAGCGAGAAGAGUUCAGUAGGUUACCAUGCGCCGGUGGUUUUGCUGCACUCAUUUUGACACCCCAUAUCUCGAAAAUGAGAAUGGAUUUACAAGCAGUCCGGACGGAACAAGUGGAAACGGUCUUACUUCAAACAGUGAUCCUGCGAAACCACCUUCCAUUGAAGUACCUGCAUUGUUAUUUGAUGAACUGAAAGAAAAGACAGAUGAUUUUGGGUCAAAGACUUUGGUUGGUGAGGGGUCAUAUGGAAGAGUAUAUUAUGCUGUUUUGGAAAAUGGAAAACAUGCAGCCGUGAAGAAGCUUGAUGCUUCAGCAGACCCUGAGCCCGACAAUGAAUUUCUAGCACAGGUCUCCGUUGUUUCAAGAUUAAAACAUGAAAAUUUUGUGGACAUGCUUGGUUAUUGCAUUGAAGGAGAUCAACGUCUGUUGGCUUAUGAAUUCGCUACAAUGGGCUCCCUACAUGAUAUUUUGCAUGGAAGAAAAGGUGUUGCAGGUGCGCAGCCUGGUCCUGCCCUCGACUGGAUGCAAAGAGUCAGAAUUGCUGUUGAUGCUGCAAAAGGUCUUGAGUACCUUCAUGAGAAGGUUCAACCUUCCAUAGUCCAUCGAGACAUACGAUCUAGCAAUGUUCUUUUAUUUGAGGACUACAAGGCUAAAAUUGCGGACUUCAAUCUUUCAAGCCAAUCUCCAGAUAUGGCUGCCCGCCUACAUUCUACCCGUGUCCUCGGAACUUUUGGAUAUCAUGCUCCAGAGUAUGCUAUGACUGGCCAACUGACUCAAAAAAGUGAUGUUUAUAGCUUUGGAGUUGUCCUUUUAGAGCUUCUAACUGGAAGGAAACCUGUAGAUCAUACAAUGCCAAGGGGCCAGCAGAGUCUAGUUACUUGGGCAACACCAAGGCUCGGUGAGGACAAGGUGAAACAAUGUGUUGAUCCAAGAUUAAAUGGAGAGUACCCUCCAAAGGGUGUUGCCAAGCUUGCGGCAGUGGCAGCUCUCUGCGUUCAAUAUGAAUCUGAGUUCAGACCAAGCAUGAGCAUUGUAGUCAAGGCAUUGUCUCCCCUUCUUGUAAAUGCACCCUAUCAGGCGGCAGCUGCUCCUGAUACACGUUCAGAAGCCUGACAAAAUGUUCAACUCAACUCAUGUAAAGAAAUAGCAUUUGUUUCUCGGUAAUACCAAUUUUAUCAAUUAUUUGUCUUUUAUACACCUGAAUUAUGUGUGUGUUUACUAUAGAGGAAGGGAAGAAAGGAGUAAUGCAAUUUUUUUUUAACACGUGAACUUCAUAUGCUUGAGAA